GCUCCGGCGACGCGCGUGAUAUCCAAUUUCCGGUGAGUUUACCUAAGAACUUAUUUCUCAGGCGAACCUACGUGAUUUUUGGGACUAAAAGUGUCAGACCAUCAGGUGCUUUGCUCAUGUGUGAGAUUGCCUAUUUAAUCUCAUAUUGCAGAAGACAAUACCUAGUAUAUAUAUUUGGCAUCUCUAUAUUCCUCAACACUGUACCAAGCAGGCAAUUCAGUCACUCACAUCAAAUAUCGAGUAGAAGAAGGCCUCGUUCUUCAAAAACAUAAGACGACAGUCAUGGGCGAGACGUCUGUCCAUCCUUUCCCUAACAAUGAUGGUGCAAUUGAAAUUUCAAGGACACUGAGAGAGGUUCCACCAGGUGAUUACCUAUUUCAAAUCAAAUCGUUCUCAUUGCUUUCCAAGGCAGAAGAGAAAAGAUUUGACUCGAGUGACUUUGAAUCAGGUGGUUACAAAUGGAAAUUGUGUCUAUAUCCGACUGGAUAUGAGAAGGAAAAUGGGAAAGGGCAUAUCUCUCUCUACUUAGCAAUAUCAGAGGCAGAUACAUUACCUCUUGGUUGGGAGGUUAAUGUCGAAUUCAAAUUGUUUGUGUAUGAUCAUAUCCGAGACAAGUACUUGACCCUCCAAAAUGCUGAUGGGAGACUAAGACAUUUCCACAGGUUUAAGACGGAGUUCGGUUUUGCCAAAUUACUUUCCCUUGACACUUUCAAAGAUGCUUCUAACGGAUACCUUAUUGAUGACUCCUGUGUGUUUGGGGCCGAGGUUUAUGUCAUUAAAUCUACUGGCAGAGGAGAGUGUCUUUCUUUGAAGGAGGAAACUUAUUUCAAUAGUUACGCUUGGGAGAUCAAAAAAAUUUCUGAGAGAAAAGAGAAGCGUUUGUUCUCUGAACCUUUCACCAUUGGAAAGCACAAAUGGAAGAUACUUGUUUAUCCCGAAGGACAUGGCAGUGGAAAGGGCAAAAGCUUAUCUGUCUUUCUAUGUUUAGAUAAUUGCGGAUCCCUUCCAACCAAGGUAAAAUUGUAUGUGGAAUUUAGCGUCUUGGUAAAAGACCAACUCAAUGGCAACCACUGCGAAAUGAAAGGUGGUUACUGGUUCUGUGUGACCUAAGCAAAAGCGGGGGUUUUGAUCUAAUUUCUCUUCCUGAUCUGCAUGACGAAUCGAAGGGGUUCGUAGUACUAGAUAGUUUGGUUGUUGAAGUGCAUAUUCACGUGAUGUCUGAUGUGAAAGAGUUCUCCUCCAAAAUGCCUGCUUUAUAAACAGUGUCUGUAGAGGCCAUACUCCGAAAGCCAAUGUUGUUCCUUUUCCUAUUUUUGGUGAAUACCUUGCUAGUAACCACUUUCAAGCGAUUCUGCAUUAUAUUACGGGAAAUUGAAGGGAAGGGAUAAUGGAGUGGAUCUAAAUCCUUAUUACACUGAGCUGAUCACAAAGAUGUACUCAGAUUUGACUGACUUCACAGUAAAGUAAAAAAUAAAGGGAAAUUUGGGUGCCGGUAUACAUAACUUAUUGGGGGUGGAAGUCCAUUUGAAAAAACAUUUUGUGUAAAAGUCUAUUUCGAGUUUGAAUUACUAUCAUACUCUUAAACUUAAGAGAAACCAAUCAGAAAAGAAGCCACUCUUCUCGAAAAAAAAGGCAACUAAAUUUGUGUUGAAUUUGGUUGUGGAUUUUUGCUUGGG